AGAUGACUAGCGCCUGGUAUGACCGAGGCAAAUGCCCUUACUGCGUUACGGAUGUAGCGAAAUGACCCUUUUCUGCGCUGUGCACCCUUCAUUGUUCUCGACAUCAUUACUGUCACUUUUGCAGAAUCUCACAUUUUGCAUCUGUCCAAAAUGUCUGGCGAAGCCCUCACCCGCGAUGCUGUUGCAAAGCAUAACACACCCGAAGACUUGUGGUGUAUCGUCGACCACAAAGUCUACGACCUGACCGACUUCGCCGAUGCCCACCCUGGUGGCUCCGUCGUUCUCGAACAAGUAGCUGGCACUGACGCCACUACCACCUUCUACAACCUCCAUCGACAGGAAGUGCUCCAGAAGUAUUCCGACCUGUGCAUCGGCACUAUCGAAGGCGAAAAGUCCGAGGUCAUCGUGCCUCAGCCUGGCGACCUCAGCCCCGUACCCUACGCCGAGCCGCUAUGGCUGCGCCCGCAAUUCAAGAGCCCAUACUUCAAGGAGAGCCACAGGAAGCUCCGGAAGGAGAUGCGCAUCUUCAUCGAGAAAGAGGUCCGUCCUGUGGCGCAGGAGUGUGAGAAGAGCGGCGAGUACAUUCCUCAGGAGCUGAUUGACAAGAUGGCGGCGAACCACAUGCUGGCUAUGCGUCUGGGUCCUGGAAAGCACCUGCACGGCAAGAAUCUGCUUGGCGUGGUCAAGGGCGAGGAGUUCGACUACCUUCACGAUCUUGUUCAGGCACAAGAAAGUGUGCGCGUGAACGCGAGAGGUUUCACCGAUGGCAACAUGGCUGGCAUGACCAUCUCCUUGACUGCCGUCUUGCAAUGGAUGCCGGAAGGUGAGCUCAAGACACGAGUGGUCAAUGAAGUUCUGAGCGGAAAGAAGAAGAUGUGCCUUGCCGUCACGGAAGCUUUUGCUGGCUCAGACGUUGCUGGUCUGAGAACAACCGCGACGCUGACACCGGAUGGCAAGCACUACAUUGUCAGGGGUACGAAGAAGUGGAUUACAAACGGCAUGUUCUGUGACUACUUCGUCACUGCCUGCAAGACUGAAAAAGGUUUCUCGGUGCUGCUGGUCGAGAGAGAUGAGAAUCUUUCGACCAAACUGAUCAAGACAGCCUACUCGACGACCGCCGGUACUUCCUUCGUUGAAUACAAUGACUGCAAGGUCCCUGUAGAGCACCUUCUCGGCAAGCAUCACCAGGGAUUUGCUGUCAUCAUGGCCAACUUCAACCACGAACGCUUCAUGUUGGCUUGCGCAGUCAUUCGGCACUCGCGUACAAUUGUCGAGGAGUGCUUGAAGUGGUGCAACCAGCGGGUAGUCUUCGGCAAGAAGCUCGUCGAGCAGCCCGCUAUGCGACAGAAACUCGCAGAGAUGAUCUCCCUGGUCGAAGCAAACCAGGCCUGGCUCGAGUCCAUCGCCUACCAGAUGUCGCACAUGUCCUACGACCAGCAAUCGAAGCUGCUUGGUGGGCCUAUCGGGUUACUAAAGUCGUAUUCUACACGCUCUGCACACGAGAUUGCCGACCGGGCAACCAACAUCUUCGGUGGACGAGGCCUGACACAGUCCGGUAUGGGCAAGUACAUAGAAGAGUUCCAUCGCACAUACAAGUUCGACGCCAUCCUAGGUGGAACAGAAGAGGUUCUCGCCGAUCUGGGCGUGAGACAGGCGUAUAAGAACUUCCCCAAGAGCAUGUUGUAGGCGAAGGCAGACAUGGUGUAGGAUAGAGGUGUUGCAUGUUAGCAAGCACAUACGAAUAGACCUGUCAUUUAUUAAAGUGCC